AUGAACUGGCUAGUAUAUCUGCUACUGACCUUUCAUCUGGUUUGCAAUUAUCUGGAAGUCGCUGGUUUAGAUGACUGCUCAGAAAAAGUAUCCGAAAUAAAAGUUGCAUGUCUAGAGAAAUCUGCUGUACUGUGCAACCUUGAAAAAGAACAUACAGUGGCGCAGAAAGAAGAGAAAUGUCGGAAAUGCCCAGUGUGUCUGUACGAUUUAAACUCGUGUUACGUAGAUAUGCUGGAGCCAAUGGUUUAUUGUCGAGAAGCACAAUACACACGGCAAGCUCUGCUUAAUCAAAGACGAUAUUUUCAAAACUUCAGACGAAACAAAUCUUGGUUGUAG